GCAACCAAUCUUGAAGAACCAAAAGAAAAUUGCGAAUACGUUUUUGAAAUACAGAGUAUGUUUUACUGUGUCAAUAUCACUGAACCUGUCAUCUCCAGCUACUUUCUGGAGGGAGUUUGACCACUUCAUAGUGUGUCACUAAACUCAAAAUAGAACAACCGACCUUAUAUUUUCAUGCCGAUAACAGAAAGCUGUGCAAAAUUCAGCCAUUUCCAUUCAGUCAGGGCUGUUUCAUCCUCUGCUUGUUUAGAUUCACCUUGCUCUAGAAGAACCAUUUGCCAAAGUAGCAGUUGAAACAGGGACACAAGCAAAUCCGGGACAGAAUGAUAUUAUGGCUUCUACUGAUGUUAUUUACCAAAGAAGCGAUGAUGCUACUAUUAAUUUAUUAACGGUGGAAAUGAAAGAUCUUUUAGCUUGCCAACAAAAUUUGCCACGCGAUUAA